GCGAAUUGUAAAAUCCAAAGCAGCAAAGUGAGGAAAAGAAUUAAAGUCUGUCUUUGUUCGUCUUAAUUUAUUCUGUGACUUUACUUCACAGUCAGAUCUGCCUCAGAGACGCACAACUUCCGGCAGGUGCGCGUUCUCCUGUCAGUUUUGAUGUCUUUCUUUUUCGUUUUUGUUUCUGAAGAUCCACCCCCAAACUCUCGCUACGAAGGGUUUCGUUUGCUAAUAAAUAGUCAUGAUGGUUGACGUAUAAUUAAGAAUACCAACAAGGUCUGUGUGUGAGCAGGGGUUUGUGUUUCCGCGGAACUUAACAGCCGCUUGUCAGCUGCUGCAAAACGUCUGGCAUCUUACCAAAAACCGGGAGCGUCUCUUUUACUGUCCGAGUCGAGUUGGCUGCAAACUGUUGCGUUUAUUUCUGCACAGUGACGCCUCAAUAAACUCUGCAGCUGAAACCCUACGGGGGAUAUCGCUUACAAUGGUCAUUUUGGAUGGACUGUUUAACCAGACUCAACCCUCCGACUACGACUAUGACAAUGACUACGACUACGAAUAUGAAGAUGAGGAUGCCCGUAAGGCAGUGUGGAUCCCGAUUCUGUUCUCCGUAUUGGUGAUUGUUGGGUUGCUGGGGAAUGGACUUCUCCUGGCAGUCCUGGCUAAGAAGAGGCGACCCUGGAGAACAUCGGACAGCUUUAUUCUCCAGCUAGGUGUGGUGGACAUCCUGCUSCUGGUGACCCUGCCCUUCUAUGCUGUCCAUGCCACUCAAAGCUGUGGAUUUUGCUCACAGACUGUCCUCAUGGUCUUUGGAGCUUUUUUUAAGAUCAACCUAUAUGUUGGGGCCUUUCUUCUGGUUUGCAUCUGUCUGGAUAACUACCUGUCCUCCAUACAUGCCAGCUUGUAUAGAAGCCACAGAGCCACGUUGGCCACCCUGGCCUCUCUGCUGGUGUGGCUCGUUUCUAUCACCCUUACCGUCCUGGAUGGGAUUUUUCUUGUCAACACUGAAUCAAUGCCAGGAAAAGCCCUCUCUGCUCACUCUAACCCCAAAACUAAAGUUGACUGGCAGCUAAUCUCACGUGCGCUCCACCUUGGAGUCGGCUUCUUGCUCCCUGCACUUGUCCAAAUCGUGUUCUGUUCCCACAUCAUUAUACGACGCAGAUCCAAUCACCAGAUCAGGAUAAGRCCUGUUCUGCUCAUCCUGUCUCUGGUGGGAGCUUUCCUACUCUGCUGGAUCCCCUACAACAUCACUCUCUUCAUAGACAUCAUCUGCUACACAACGAAAGACUUGUGCAGAAACGUGUUUGUAGAUCAUACUAAUUCUUUAAAAACAGCUGUGAAAGUCACCUCUGUUGUAAGCUGCGUCAGUGCCUGCCUCAGGCCUCCUUUAUAUUUUUUGUUUUGUGGAAACUUCCGGAAAGCAGUAUUUAGCGUCAUUAAAUGUGCUAAGGCUGAAGGCAAGAGCUCACUGUGGGAGCUGGGCGUGGAGGCGCCACAUGACCAGCGUCSCUCACAGGAAGAGAUGAAACAGAUGACGAGUGCAGAACAACAAGUAAAGCAAGCAAUGAUCAACAAAAAUACCCCAGAGUGACUCRGACGUCACCUGAAGGACGUCCUGCUCAGAAAGGGGAAGUUUUAAAGUCAAAAGACUGGAAUGUGGAAAGUUGAUGUAUAUAAAGAAUAAAAGGGAAAAGACCCAAAUUGUGUAAUGUGAAAGUUUCCAAGCCUCAUCAUGGUCACAUAAAUAUUUCACAUUCUUGCUGCACAAUCUAAGCUUAUCAUUUUUACUUAAAAAGUAUUGAGMUAUUUWUAUACAUWAUAUUGCUAUGGUUGUGUUUCAUAUUAAUGGAAUAUAUGUUAUUUUACAUGUACCAAGUACGCAGAAGUGUCAUAUUACACGUUUUAACUAAUGACACUUGCAAUCAGAAAUAUUCAACCUCUUCAUCUCAAGUCACUGUAAUAAUGUGGAUGAAGAAAACUGACAAAUGUCAAAAUGUCUUUUAAUAUACAAGUUAUUUUGACUUAACUUCAAAGUUCAAAUGGAAAUUGUGUUUGAUUACGCUUCUCUGUGCUGCUACUGCCUUGUUUAGGUUUUAGACAUUGUCAUUCCAGUUUYAAUCUUUUGUCAAAGGCCACUCAAGCAUGGGAAUUUUUUCUAAAUCAUCUGUGAUUGAAUCAGAGUCRUACUUCUGGUCAAUAGCUUGCUGGAGAGUCCAAUGAUCAGAAGGUUAGAUUUUUCAACAGAGAGCAACGUGUUCCUCUUUUGAAUGGCCUGCAUGGUGUUUGUUAAUAUCCAMUAGGCCAGACACAUGAUCAAGAUUGCAAUUUCUGUUUCUGAUAAACGGAACGCACUCACCUCCAUGCUUGACCGUUCGUCAUCAGUCUUCAAUGCCAGACAUACACCUGAUCCAGGUGUCCAAACAGGUCCAGUUUGGCUUCAUUAGUAGACUGAAUCAUCUCCCAGAACUUCGUAGUCUUGUUCAGAUUCCUUCAUGUGCUUUUGAUGUAUGGUCAAUCCAAGUGUGUGUCUUGAAAUUGUGCAAUGGUGUCUUUGUAUAUCCAGUCYAAGUCUUUAUUUGCCUUGUACCAGGCUUCACCAGGUAAACCUGCAGGUGUCUUUCAGUCACAUUGGGGUUUGUCUUAGRUGUCYUGAGUUAGCUGCUGAUGGUUAUUGAUKACGUUUUGGCCACCCUACCACAGCUAAGUAGGUUUGCAGCUGUCCCAUCCUUACAAUGCUCCUAAUGGUGUAUUUUUUGGAUGUUACGUUUUUAGGAGAAAUUUUAUCCCUAACUUACUUUGGGUAUUGGCUUUUUAUUUUAUUUUAAUCUUUCCCAUAAUUGCAAAUCACAUUGAAUUUGCAUCACAGAUAAGGUAAAUGAGGGAUGAAUAAAGAGUUUCCAAAGGAAUGAUAAUGUUUUAUCUCCACUUAAGACCACAAAAAUGUUCAGAUGUUCAGUCAAAUUUAAAAACGGUAGGCAUGGGUUGAAUACUUGGCAUGACUAUCCUAGCUAACAGGAAAGUACUUAAUCAAGCUUAUUUGUGGUUAUUUUUUGUAUCAUUCAACUCAUAAAAUAGCAAUUGAAACAAAAUGUUGUUCUUUGCAGAGAAGUUACRUUUAAGAAGCUUUAAAAUCUUUGGAUUUUGAAUACUUCUGAUUGCAAUAUAUGUCAAAACUAGAGCCAGAUGCUAUAAGCUCUUUGUCUUAUCAGUGUUAUUUCCUUAUCAAGUGUACUAUGUUACAUUUUAUCCCCGUGGAGAUGAAAAGCUUCAGCAACUGUAUUCAGAAGCUAUGCGGUUACACCCAAUAAACUGUUUCACUUUCCGUUUUA